AUGUAUAAUAGCAUCUCACAUAUUUUAAUUUUAGAUUAUCAUUCUUGGCAUCGUAAUAUUACUCGUCAAAUAAGUCAUCCAAAUAUGACCACCUAUCAGCAACAAAUCAAUCGUUUACUCGAAUUAGAUGUACGAUUUUUAUUAUAUGCUCGUCAUAGAUCAGGUUACGCUGAUCGAAUUUUACAUUUUAUAUCCACUUAUUUAGUUGCUCUAUUAACACAUCGUUAUUUUGUUUUCGAUCAAAAUUGGCCAGCAUUUCUUAAAGUCAUGAAAUCAAAUCUAAAUUACGAAUAUAAUCUCGUUAUACCGUGGUAUUCACAACUAAACAAAUUAACAAGAAAGACGAGAAAUCAAUUGUCUGUACAAUAUCAAUGGUUUAGUUUGGAACGAUUCACAAAAGAUUAUGAUUAUGAGAAUAAAAACAGAAUUCUCGUUUUUGGAGGACAUACAGGCACUACAGUUCACACAAUUACUUCUCCUACAAGUAUUUAUCGUUCAUUUUUAACUAAUACAUUGAAAAUGACCGGUGACACUUUAUUUGGCUGCCUGUAUCACUCAUUAAUCAUACCACGAUUAUCCACUUUUGUCCAAAUAGCAUCUGCUCAAUCGUCUUCACAAUUUAAAGGUGGUCAAACGCAUCAACAACUGUUACAAACUCUACUAUCAACCACUCAUAAUUCUGUUGCUAUUCAAAUUCGUACCGGUGAUGAAAUAAUGAAAAAUCCUCAUCGAAUGUAUUCAUUAAUGUAUAAGUUUCAGAUUUAUUUCGAUUGUGCAAAAGAAAUAAGUCAAGGAAAACCAACUAUUGUCUAUCUGAUGGCAGAUGAUUAUCGUAUUCGUCAAGCAGCAUUGAAAACAUAUUCGAAUACUCAGUUUUCUGUUAUAGCAAAUCCACAUCCCGUCCAGCAUAUUCAGUAUACUCAAAAUUUGGUGCAGGCAUUGAAUUCCUUACUUUUUGAUACGUUUUUAUUUAUGUUUUGUGAAAGACAUAUUAUUACAAGUGAAAGUGGUUUUGGAAGAUUUGCAGCGUUUGCUUCAUUAAAACAGAAAGAUAUUUAUUCUUUUGAUGUUGGUGAAGUGAAAACAUGGCGAUGUGAAGAAAAGGAUAAUCGAGCGCUAAGUUUAACGGAAGCCGGACAUCGAUGGUCAGGCGUUAGAAGAAAAAGAUGA